AUGUCUAUCCCGGGUGACAUUCCGGCCCAUAGCUAUGUCUUCCCAUUUGAACCAAAUCCUAAUUGGUCCAAGUUCCAUGCCAGUGGAUCAGAGAUCCAGGACUACAUCGUCAACACGACGGACAAGUACGGUCUCAGAGACAAAAUCACAUUCAACACGAAGCUUCCAGAAGCGGUUUGGAACGAAAAUGAUGGAAAGUGGAAUCUCACGCUGGAGCAGGCAGGUUCGCUCAUCGAGGACGUGGCCGAUGUUGUCCUGGAUGGUAGUGGCAUCCUAAAGUACGCGACUAUUCCUCCGGUCGUCAAGGAUCCGGACUACGACUGGACAGGAAGGAGAAUUGCCGUCAUUGGCAACGGGUCUUAUGCUGUGCAGAUUGUUCCAGCACUUCAGCCAAAAGCCGCAAAGAUAGUCAACUACAUCCGCCGCGCGACCUGGGUGUCCACGAAUCUCUGUGGGAAUCUGGCCAAAGAUGGCAUGGGGACGAAUUUUGAAUUCACGGAGGAGGAAAAGCAGCAUUUCAGAGAUGACCCUGAGGAGUUUCUCGAGUACCGCAAGAUAGUCGAGGACUCGGUCAACUCCGUUUUCCGACUCAUGCUCUCCGGCUCCGAAGAGAACAGAUUCCUGUUCAAGCUCGUCGACAGCGUUAUGCGAGCCCGGUUGUCCAAGGAUCCAGAAUUAGCCGAAAAGCUCAUUCCAAAGUAUGAAAUUGGAUGCCGGCGUCUCAGCCCCGGAGACGGCUACCUCGAAGUCCUGCAGGUAGACAACGCGGAGAUCUGCUUCAACAGCAUCCAACGCAUUACCGAGACCGGUAUCCAGACGGACAAAGGGGCCGAAGAGUUUGACCUGAUCGUCUGUGCUACCGGAUUCAACACCUCUUUCAUUCCUGCCUGGGAGCUCGUUGGCCGAGACGGACGACGUCUCGACGAGGAGUGGAAGGAGAAGCCCGAGGCGUACUUCUCUGUCUGCGCGGCCGGUAUCCCGAACUACUUCAUGUUCGCUGGCCCGAACUGCCCCAUUGGACAUGGCUCGGUGCCGCAGAUGCUCGCCUGGACGGCGGACUAUAUGUUAGAUUGGGUUCAAAAGAUAGCAAGCGAAGAUAUCAAAUCGGUUGCCGUCAAAGUCUCCGUCGUCCGUGAUUACAACACCUACGCGCAGGAGAAUCUGAAACACGCGGUCUGGUCCAAGGACUGCCAUGCCUGGUACAGCAAGAAGAACAAGGGAGAGGGUGUCACGGUCACGGCAAUGUAUCCGGGAAGUGUCUUGCACUACAAGGCCUUCCUGAGCACUAUUCGCGGCGAACAUUCUGAUAUCCGGUACAACACGACCAAUCCGUUCCGAUAUCUUGGAAAUGGGGAGCUGGCUUGGGAGCGAGGGGAGGGAGCGGAUCUGGCGUUUUACCUGAAGUAG